UGCAACUUUGGUCAGCUGGCUGGAGUGAUAUUUUCAAUUCGAGACAAGUCUGCUAAGGCAUUUACAUGUAUGCAAGUUUUAUUACCUUGUAAAUAGUCUGUAUGGUUUGCAGACUGCACCAACGCUUUUGAUGUAGCUAAUAUUAGGUUUAUAAUGGAAUAAUAUAAAUUUGCAUGAGAGUAUGAAGGCGUGAGUGCCACACUACUCAACCCUGUCAACCCUGGGACUGAAACAUUGAUUAAACGAUACCUUGUAAAUAAAUGGUUUCAGAGCGGAGCCAACUGGAUGCACAAUACCGAAGGGUUUCGUUUGAUAAGAUAGUAAUACCAGUAUUAUGUCCCAUUUCCCUGGUCACCGGUGUGCGGGUUCCUGAAAAUUCUCCCCGUUUUAUCUCCGUAUGGGCGGCCCUGCUUGGUGAUAUAAACAUUUAAAUUACUAAGUAAAAAUAGACAUUUUAACUUUAGAAUCGGCUGUAAAAAAUAAUCGAUAUUUCAGCAUCGAUCAUAAGGCCCUUAAAGGCUUAGGGAACCGCGAAAUGGACGGGCUGCCAGCUUACUGAAGAAGCGGUUUCGGAAGGCACUGCUUGCUUGGAAAACCGGCCCAAAGUUCGGACACUGAGCUACAUACGAAUGUAAACGCGAAAUACUGAUUAGUUACAGUAGUGGCGGUGAGUGGCGAGGGCCUGUACGGGCUGUAGCGGCUGGUUAUCCGGCUCCCCGCCGGACUGAGCUCACUGAUACUUGACGAAGAGGAAAAAUGGACACUGGCCCGAAAAGCUGUGCAGUCAAGACAGACCUGAAUUUGUUGCUUGAUUGCCUCAAGUACCAGAUGAACUGUCCAGACUUACAGAAGCAAGCAAUAUUCACCAUAUAUUCGAUCUGCCAACAAAAAGAGGAGGUCAUAAACUAUUUCCGGGAUAUUGGUGGGAUUCAGUUUGUUUACAACCUUUCACAGUCCAGCAAACACACAGAGGUACAGGAGGCUGCACUCUUCUCCCUGGGAGCCAUGGCAGAGAGCAGCGUGUUCUGCCAGCAGGAUCUGUGCGUUGUUGGCAUUUUCUCAGACUUGACCCGUUCGCUUGUGCAGGACUUCCCACAGAGCCUGAAAAGAACAGUUGUGUAUCUAGUUUCAGUGCUGGUCACCAAAAGCAGAGCAGGCCAGAUGCUUGCAAAGGCCACGGGCUGCAUCGACGCCCUCCUGAAGAUCUUCAGCAAAAGCUUUCCCGGUGGAAACAGCAUCGUGGGGGCAGUGAAUGCUACAGAGUUGUACCAGCUCUGGGCAGCGGUGUCAGGUGCCCUCUGCAGCUGUGUCAACAACCCACAGAAUGAAGAGAACCAACAGCUGUGCACUUCCACCUUUCCAGUGGUUAAAAUGUGGCUGCAGGAGUUCAAUCAACCGAUGAAAGAGAUGGUGCAGCCCAUAUGUUCCCUCGUAGCCAUGAUUGUUGCCAACAACUCCUGUGCCCAGGUCUGCUUCGCCUCUGUGGGGGGGCUCGAUGCGUUGGCCCAGUGUGUGCUACAGCUAGUGCCCGAGUCCAGGAGAAACCCCUUAGCCCGUGAAACAGCCGUCGCCAUGACGAGGGCGCUGUGCGCCUGCAUCAGCGAGAGCGCACCUCUGGCCUCCGCCCUGGCUCAGCAGCGGCUUGUCCCUCAGUUCCUGGCCCUGCUGUCUUGCCCCAGCCUGCAUCCCGCAGACCAGCUCUGCAUCAUCCUCACGCUGGGCCACUGCACCCAGGCCAGUGAGGCCCACCAGUACCAGUUCGUGCAGAGCGGAGGCCUGUCCCACCUGAUAAAGCUGCUGGCUGAGUCCCAGGAUGAGGAGCUGAAGAAGGGCGCCACCUUCGUGCUGCAGUCCUGCAGGCUGAUGACCAAGGUCUUAUGCGCAGGCGGCAGUAACAGCCCCUCACAGGCUGACCCCCGUGACCUCGGUGACCCCAACGACCUCCAGCGGAACAUCUCGUCUGUCUGCGACCUAGAAAGUUACCAGAGGUCGGCACAAGAAAUGCUGCAAAAGAUCAAGUGCCUGGAGAGAGGGCUGGCUGGGGUCCUCCAGGAGGGUGUUAUUGAAGGGGAACGGGGCCCUGGAAAUUCCACAGAUAAAUGGCAUGCUCCGCCACAGUGGGGCGUAGAGGCAGGCACAAGAAAGCGGCACCGGUCUUUCUCCGUGCCUUCCCCCGUCAAAUUCUAUGAGAGCACCCCAUACCGGAAAGUACGAGGACGGAAGGAUGGGACCAGAAGGAAAUCUAUUGAGAGCCUAGAAGGUCUGUUUGAGAGAGGGGACCUAACUCCGAUCAGGCCCAUUGCCAUCCCACAGAAGGGUACAGGAAGCAGGAACGAUGGGGGAGCCAGGGACCCCAAGGAUAUAAGCUGUUCUGAAGCCAGGGAUCGGGAUGAGGUUCAGACGGGUCGGGUGAGGAGGCAGAUCUUCCAGAGCACCACUGAGCAGGGUGAGGCCACCUCCCCUCAGCAGAUUCCGACCAGCAGCCAGAGACCCGGAACCGGGUCCGGACCCCCGCAGCAGGUGCCUCAGCCUGGCGCAGGCAGUGCGAUUUCGGGGCUGUGGUACCAAGCUGCUGGUACUCAAGGCUCCGCAGAACAGGGGGGUGUUCUGUGCUCCAUGUGUAGACUCAGACUGGUUCCCGAGGGCCCAUCUCAGUCUCUGUCUGCAGAGCCAUGUGAGGAAGGCGUCUCCCACCACAAAGGCCCCAUGAGCCAAACGGGUCCCGUCAAGGAAAUCCAGAGUAAACCACACAUCCAAGAUCACAUGUCUUUGUGCUCUGAGACGCAUGAUGACAAAAUCAGCAUGAUACUAAAAACUCCAGCCAAACUGAAGCAGCAGAUCUCCUAUCGCUGCUCAGGCUGUGCAGCGAGCCUCUCUCUGGCGAACAGUAGGAACAUCCCGCAGAUCCUCCGCGAUUGCCAGCACAAGUGUGACAGGCAUAUGGUCCUGCUGGAGGCUGAGGGUCGCUUCAAAAGGGCUAUCAGGGAGUUAGUCAGGAAAAAGCCUGGUGCUUUCAGGCACCCCGCACGUCCAAACCUGACACCACUGAACAACUGGGGUUCCCCAAGGACACCAUGGAGGAGCACAGAUAUGCCAUGUAUAUCUCUGACUCCUCUUAAGGAAUCUCAGAAUACACAAGAUAAGCGGGUAAACCAGGAGCACUUGUCUUCUGUCAAGAAAGCCUUGGAGCGAGAGUCUGGGAACACAUACUGGGCUGAGUGUCCUCAACGUAGAGAGAGGAAGGACUUCACAGAGGAGGAAGUCCAGUACCUAAUGGAUGGAGUGAGGAAGCUAGGGCCCUCUUGGAACUCCAUACUGUGGUCUUACUCCUUCCAGAACGGGAGAACCAACGUGGAUUUGGCAAAAAAAUACCGUCGCUUGCAGAAUGCUCAGCAGCUGGCUGUGGACGCCUCACGUAACUAAGACGACAAGCAAAGUUUUAAUAGCUGCAGUUGAACAUGUUAUUAUUCAGUAGUUUGUUCUCUCUCAAAUAUGUUCAAGGCAAACCUAAUUUUUUGACAAUGUUAAGAGUUACUGCAAAAAUUGCAUAUUAAGAUGGUUGUGUUUGAAGUUCAGUGACCACUUGUUCAAAAAUAAAUGUGAAAGAGGUUGUUCUUAGGUUCAACAGCUACACAAUUUGCA